CAGGGAAGGGAAAGCAGUAAAAUAAGCGUUAGGCUGCCGAGCAGUCAGUCAGCUGUGCUGGGUUACAGCAGGGUGUUACCUGGGGGUCUGCAAACGUGCUGCAAAGAUGUCACAAGAGAAAAUUCCAGAGAUAGAUGAGGCAACGCGCUCCUUCGCAGAGAAGGUCUUUGCCUCUGAAGUAAAAGAUGAGACAACCAGGCAAGAGAUCUCUCCUUUCGAUGUGGAAGAGAUCUGCCCCAUUUCAUGCCAUGAAAUGAGAACACACAUGAUGCUUCGGGAAAGUUCCUCUGCAGCAGGAAAGCGGAAGAAGCACAUGCUCAGCCUGAAGACAAUUGCACUGGCAAUCCCUUUGGCUCAGAAGACCGGAUUGUCCACUAUUGAUGAGGUCAUUUCUACCUCCCCCCAUUACCAAUCGGUGCCUGACUUCCAGAGGGUACAGAUCACAGGGGAUUAUGCCUCUGGGGUGACAGUGGAAGAUUUUGAAGUUGUCUGCAAAGGCCUGUACCAUGCCUUGUGCAUCCGGGAGAAAUACAUGCAGAAGUCAUUGCAGAGGUUUCCCAGGACCCCAUCCCAGUACCUGCGUGCUAUUGAAGGUGAAGUCUGGAGGGCAAGUGAUGCUGGCCCAGUUUUCACCCCGCCAGUGAAGGAUGGACAGGAUCCCUUUGAAACUGGGAAUCUCCCUGAGGACCUGGGAUACCACGUCCAGAUGAAGGAUGGGAUCGUUUACAUCUAUAGUGACAAGGCAGCAGCUGGAAGAAAUGAGCCAAAGGACCUGCCUUACCCCAACCUUAAGCGUUUUGUUGAUGACAUGAAUUUCCUCUUGGCCCUGAUUGCACAGGGGCCUGUUAAGACCUACAGUCAUCGACGCCUGAAGUUCCUCUCAUACAAGUUCCAAGUGCACGAAAUGCUAAAUGAGAUGGAGGAGAUGAAAGAGCUGAAGAACAACCCUCAUCGGGAUUUCUACAAUUGCCGUAAGGUGGAUACACACAUCCAUGCUGCAGCCUGCAUGAACCAGAAGCACCUUCUGCGUUUCAUCAAGAAGUCGUACCUUGUGGAUGCUGACCGUGUUGUUUACGAUGCCAAAGGUGAAAAGCUCACUCUGAAACAACUUUUUCAGAAGCUCAAUCUGCACCCAUAUGACUUGACAGUGGACUCCUUGGAUGUCCAUGCUGGGCGUCAGACGUUUCAGCGCUUUGACAAAUUCAAUGAUAAGUACAACCCUGUGGGUGCCAGUGAACUGCGUGACCUCUACCUGAAAACAGAAAACGCCAUCAAUGGUGAAUACUUUGCUACCAUCAUUAAGGAGGUUGGCUCUGAUCUGGAGGAUGCCAAGUACCAGCAUGCGGAGCCUCGCCUCUCAAUCUAUGGGCGAUCAGCUGAGGAGUGGCCCAAGCUGGCCAACUGGUUCUGCAGACACCGGGUCUACUCCCCCAAUAUGAAGUGGAUGAUCCAAGUACCCAGGAUUUAUGACGUGUUCAGAUCUCGGAAUUUCCUCCCACACUUUGGGAAGAUGUUGGAAAAUAUCUUUGUUCCUGUGUUUGAGGCAACUGUCAAUCCUCAAGCCCACAAAGAGCUGAGUGUCUUUCUACGCCACAUCACUGGCUUUGACAGCGUGGAUGAUGAAUCCAAGCACAGCGGACACAUGUUCUCCACUAAAAGUCCAAAGCCAGAGCAGUGGACUUCUGCAAAGAACCCAUCCUAUACCUACUAUGUAUACUAUAUGUAUGCCAACAUCCUGGUGCUUAACAACCUGCGCAGGCAGCGAGGUAUGAACACGUUCCUCUUCCGUCCACACUGUGGGGAAGCUGGGGCCAUCACACACCUGCUUGCAGCCUUCAUGACAGCAGAUAACAUCUCCCAUGGUCUCAACCUCAAGAAGAGCCCAGUGCUGCAGUAUCUGUACUUCCUUGCCCAAAUUCCCAUCGCUAUGUCCCCCCUCAGCAACAACAGCCUCUUCCUGGAGUACGCAAAGAAUCCGUUGCUUGACUUCCACCAGAAGGGCCUUAUGGUGUCCCUUUCUACAGAUGACCCCAUGCAGUUUCAUUACACCAAGGAGCCCCUGAUGGAGGAGUAUGCCAUCGCUGCCCAGGUCUUCAAACUCAGCACCUGUGACAUAUGCGAGAUUGCCAGGAACAGCGUGCUGCAGUGUGGCCUGUCCCACGAGGAGAAAGCCAAGUUCCUGGGUGAGAACUACCAGGAGGAGGGGCCCUAUGGAAACGACGUCCGGAAGACCAACGUGGCUCAGAUCCGCAUGGCCUAUCGCUACGAGACGUGGUGUUACGAGCUCAACCUCAUCGCGGAGGGCCUGAAAGCCGAGUAGCGCGCAGUACGGGCGGACUCCUGGGCGCGGCUAAGCCUGCCGCCGUGCUCGGCUUCUCUGAACAGCAGCGGGACUCAACCGUGCCCCGGGGUGCGGGCUCGGGAUGCUGAGCCGCGGCCGUGGGCAGUAAAACCGCAUCUCUGAGCUACUCGAUGCG